AUGAAGCCGAUCAACGACAAGGAAGACAAGGUGGUGAUACGGGCGGUGAGCCACGACGAGGAAGGCCGGAAGCGGGUGGAGAAGACGGAGCUGUCCACCCACAACAUCGACACCAUCAAGCACGUCGAGAAGAAGCUGAGGGACAAAGGUGUCCACAGGAUGGACCGCCAUCCGGUGGACGGCAUCGGGAUCAAGAAUCCGCCUCCCAAGUCCGGCCACGGCGGGAAGUACACGUGGGAGGGUCCCGGUGACCUGGCGGAGAACGAGAUGGAGCCCGUCCCCGCCGCGAUCGACGAGAAGGAUCCCAACUACGUGGAUGAGGAGGAGGAAGAGAGGAUCCUGAGGGGGGAGAGGAGCGACGUCGCCGGGAUUGUGGUCGGAGAGGUGGAGGUGGCCAAGGCGGCGGAAGGCAGGGAAGGCGUCGCAAGAGUUGAAGUGGAUCCUAAGCUCGUUUAA